AAACUGAUAAUGCAGUAGAGUGUUUCAUCGAACAGACUGCAGUUCAUCCAUACUCGAAAUCAUGUUACAAAGUUUGAUUUUCAUAACAGCGUGCAUUGCCGUUGCAGUUUCAGCCCCAACUUCCAAUAGCACAGCAUCAAUUUGGGAUGAAUACAAACUCCCCGAACCGGGUGUGUGUGGAGUAAGCUUUACUGACCGGAUCAGAGGUGGGGAAAAAACUGCACUCAAUGCCUUUCCCUGGGCCGCCGUCCUUGGGGUCAAGUACAAGAAUCGUGAACCUAACUUCAUGUGUGGUGGAUCCCUAAUAUCCGAUAGAUUCGUUUUGACUGCGGGACACUGCAUGCGACGUUUUCUGUCCGGCGAAAGAGUUCUUAUGGUGCGCCUCGGUGAGUGGGAUAUUGCAAGUGAGAACGAUUGUGUGGAAGACCAGUGUUCCGAUAGUCCGAGGGAUUAUGACGUAGACACUUUUUUGCAACAUGAAGAUUACACAUCGGGUCCGACUCACAAUGAUAUUGCUUUGGUAAAACUGGCAACCCGGGUCAAGUUCACCGAAUUCAUCAGUCCGGUUUGCCUGCCAUUGACUGCUAAACUGAAAAGUAAAACGGAAGCCGGAAGAACGUUUACAAUUGUAGGAUGGGGAACAACCGAGACGGGUGUAGAACAGCCAGGAUACUACGCCAGUCGGUUCAAACUAAAAGUCGACAUGCCCGGUCUGGACUGGAAUACGUGCUACAGAAGAAACCCAAGAUUGUGGAGUUCGGAACUGUGCGCUGGUAACGACACUGAGAAGCAGACUUGCGCUGGAGAUUCUGGAGGAGGAUUGACAAUAGCCGAGAGAGAUGGCUAUUGGUAUCAGUAUGGAAUAAUCAGCUACGGAUUCGGAUGCGGAACGGUAGAUUUCAAAGUAUUCGUUCGAGUUGUUAGCUUUUUGCCGUGGAUUAAGGAGAAUAUAAAUCGAUUGAGCGGAUCGGAUUGAAGAUCAAUUCACGUCCAUUGAUCAGUUUGAAAUAAUCGUGGAUUUCCAAUUAUAACAUUGAUUUUCAAUUUACGCCUUUAAUAAAAAAAAGUCGCUGUGUUUUUUUAUUUUAAUCAAAAGUUCGUGGCCGAAGACUUAGGUAUCAUAAGUAAAGGAAAAUAAUUUGAAUCUUAUUGAUAGUAGCUUAUUGAUAGAAAAGGACUUUCAAACAGGAAUACACAAAAACUUGA